AUGGAGGGACUGGUCCUGCUCAACGCCCUGGCCACCCGGCUGCUCUUCGUGCUACACUCGCUGGUUGGAGUCUGGCGAGUGACCGAGGUGAAGAAGGAGCCGUGGUACUGGCUGCUGGCGCUGCUCAACCUCUUGCUUUUUCUGGAGACGGCGCUGACCCUCAAAUUCAAGCGCGGCAGAGGCUACAAGUGGUUUUCACCAGCCAUAUUUUUAUAUCUGAUUAGCAUUGUUCCAUCAUUAUGGCUUCUUGAAAUGCACCAUGAGACCCAGUAUUGCAGUAGCCAAUCUGAAGGAAUGUCAAAGAACAACAGCACCAAAGAAGACUUCAAUCAAACUCUGUUGUCAACUGAACAAACCAACAGAGCGGAUGAUCUCAUUGAGACGGCCAAAGUUUUUGUAAAUAACUUAUCUACAGUAUGCGAGAAAGUUUGGACUCUGGGACUCCAUCAGACAUUCCUGCUAAUGCUAAUAAUUGGAAGAUGGCUUCUACCCAUUGGAGGCGGGAUUACUCGGGAUCAACUCUCUCAACUUCUCCUUAUGUUUGUGGGGACAGCUGCUGACAUACUGGAAUUCACAAGUGAGACCCUGGAAGAAGAAAAUGUGAGGAAUAGCCCUGCUCUGGUCUAUGCCAUCCUUGUUAUAUGGACCUGGAGCAUGCUGCAGUUUCCACUUGACCUGGCAGUACAGCAUGUUGUGUGCCCUGUGUCUAUGACAACAAGGGGGUUCCCCAGCCGGUUCUUUUGCCAAUACAGUGCCGACCUGUGGAACAUUGGAAUCAGCAUCUUCAUACAAGACGGUCCCUUCCUUGUUGUGCGACUCAUACUGAUGACCUAUUUCAAAGUGAUCAACCAGAUGCUGGUGUUCUUUGCUGCCAAGAAUUUCCUGGUGGUGGUGUUACAGCUCUACCGCCUGGUGGUGUUGGCCUUGGUUGUCCAUGCUUCCUUGCGAAGUCAGCAAGAACGCCUGAAAGGAGAGCACAGACGCCCAGGUGUACCUGCUGAGAGUGGGGUCUCACCUGGGGCCUGGGCAGGUGGUUCGAAGGAGGGCUUGGCUAUUCCUUUACAGGCCUUGCCGGUCACCUCUGACGACUCUCCCCUGACCCCGUAG